AUGGCUGAGCUUUCGGACCACGAUUGCGAUAUCAUCGCAAAACAUCCUCUAAGCGACUCACUCUACCGAUUACAAGGUCUACUUCAAGAAGCAGAACAAAAAUAUAGUGACACCACUGACCCUCGGGACGAAAUUUGCCAACAGGCAAUAUCGAAGCUCCUUACCACCCUGAUGGGAGAGAGAGCCGCGUUCAAACUUGGCUCACGAACUGGCGAUGAAAACCUUGCGUCCGAUCUCGCCAGUAUAUUCAGGCGCCUCCAACAAGGCCACCUCCACCUCACCUACGACCACUGCCGAGCGUUGGCGCGGCUCGUCAUAUACUCUGUUCUGAUUAACUUAGAAAAUAUGACCAAGGCUCCUGCGGAUUCACACAAGCGGAGUCGAAUGGUGCUAUUUGCCGGCUCUCGGUCAGCUCUCUUAGACAUCAUCUAUCAAGUUAUUAAAAAGCUACAGGCCUAA